CCUGUGGGCCGCAGCUUGCCAAUUCCCCCACUGUGAUAGUGAUGGUUGGCCUCCCAGCCCGUGGGAAGACCUAUACCUCCAAGAAGCUAACUCGCUACCUCAACUGGAUCGGUGUCCCAACAAAAGUUUUCAACGUGGGGGAGUAUCGCCGCGAGGCAGUGAAGCAUUACAGCUCCUAUGACUUCUUCCGCCCCGACAAUGAGGAGGCCAUGAAAGUCAGGAGGCAAUGUGCCCUGGCUGCCUUGAGGGAUGUCAAGCUGUACCUGGCGGAGGAGGCUGGCCAGAUUGCGGUUUUUGAUGCCACCAAUACCACACGGGAGAGGAGAGGGAUGAUCCUAAACUUUGCCAAAGAAAAUGGGUUCAAGGUGUUCUUCAUUGAAUCCGUCUGCAAUGAUCCCACAAUAGUUGCCACCAAUGUUAUG